AUGGCGUCGCCGGCGCACUUUCACGCGUCACCGACGCCGAUACCAUCGGCUGAGAUUCGCUCGCAAGCAAUCGCCAAGCUUAAACGUGCGGCCUCACUCCCGCGCACCCCAGAUGGACGCCGCCCUCCUCCAACAGGUCAACUGAGGAGUGGUGGUGCGAGCACAAAUCCCAGCACAGCAACGUCCGAAGAAAGCCAUGCGCCGUCGGCCAACGCAGCCACCCCGUCACCGUCCCGUCUGAUGAACGACUAUGGGCAUGAAGAGCUCUUGUCGGCAGGUCCCUCCAUGUUUGGAGGAGCCCCAGUCAUGCAGCGCUCAACGUCCGACUCGUCUUCCUUCCACAUCCCAACACCUCCUCACGUCUAUGGCUCGUCCAACGUGUCGCCAUACUUUACGGCCCAACCAUCGCCUGUGGGAGCCCCUGGGACAGAUUGGGCAGCCUACCAGCUUGCACAGUCGUAUUUGCCCUCCAUCAGCCCUGUCACAGCCCCUCCUUCAUCGUUCCCCCAAAGUCUACAGACUCCCACUGGACCUGGACGGAAUACCCCAAGCCCCUUGCCGUCCUUGGGAGAACUCCGCACACUGUCGAGAUCCAAUUCGGCCAUGGCUCGAGCCAAGGCCAUGAUGGCUCUCACAGGCCAGGCCAACCCUGAUACACCGACACGCAGCACCAACUUGCCCACGCCAACGUCCUCUGAUGAGGAUAUCACACUCGGAAUUCCCGGCUCGCGCCUGACGCGCGCCGGCACUAUUGGUGUGCCACGGAUGUUUGGUAUGCCUGCGGACGAGCCUGCGGUGGACACGACCACGAGUGUCGCCCCUGCAGUGGCCCCAAUGGCUGAUACGACACUCGACGUUCCCCGGCCACGCCUCCAACGCAGCUUCACGGUUUCUUCAUCCAACAUGGGCGAAGAGCGUCGCAGUGCAGUUGGUCGCCGGAUGGUCGAGCGUCUUGCCGAGCGUCGCGCGGCUCGUCAGCAGGAGGAGGUGGAGGUGCGGCAUCUCUGGGAGGAGCGACGAAAGACUCGGCCACCAGAUGCCGAUGGCAAGCAGCCUACUCAACCCGCUGAGGAUGACGAAGAAGAGGACCCGAGCCCGAUCCCGGUCCCCAACCUGGCCACGUUAACGCUCAUGGUCCCGUCGGUCGACGCCACUUCUGCUUCGGCUCCCACAACGGGCAUCCCAACCACCGUGCCUUCUCUGGGACCCUCGCUGGCAGCAAGCAGUGCCGACCGCACGCCGUCACGGAACACCGAGCGCUCAGAUGAGGCGUUCGAGUACGAGUCACAUCUUCGCAGAAGCCUGUCGAGCCGGACAGCGCGGGAAGUCAUUGAACCGAGCCCUGAGGUUGCUAUGCCAAGCCCAUUGAUAGAGGACGCAGCCGAGGGCGUCCACGGUUCAGUUUUCCAGCGCCAACAACAACCAUCAUUCACCCAGCCUUCCCUCGUGGGGCAAACCGCGCCACAGCUGUCAUUUGGCCAGUCGUCGCCAUUUGGUGACUCGUCGUUUGGCGACUCAUUUGAAUCAUUUGAGCAGCGGCCGUCACAAGAUCGGACAUCAUUUGAGCGACCAUCCUCUGAGCAGUCAUCAUUCGAACAGCGUCCAUCCCUCGAACUGCAGGACGAUGAGCAGCUUCUUCGUCCUGUACAGCCAUUUGCGAACGCCCACAUGCGCCAUGUGCCCCACGACUCAACAUCCUCGGCAGGGACAGUCAUGCCACCAGCCGCGGGCAACUCGCCGAGCAGUGAAUCUACGGCCACUCUCGAUAGCGCGGGUUUGUUCUACCGGCGUAGCCCUAGCAAGACGGCGGAACCUCCUAUCGAGGAAGACGAAAGACUGAGCAGUUGGGAUGACGACCACAACGUCGACUGGGUCACUGGCCCGCGCAGCCAAGUGUCCGCCGUGAGCCACGUUGGCCACAGCGGUCACGGCGCGGACACUGAGUCGCUCGGUCACAUGAGAACCUCGCACGAUAUUCACGACCGAUCCUCGAGCCGCAUGUCGUGGGAGGAAAUUGGAUCGGUUGACGAGCACGAAGCUCAGGCAGAUCAGCACCAGGGCAAAACGUCUGGCAGCUUUUCGCGCAAGAAUGGUCGUGGCAUGCUGAAUGCUAUGCGCAAGUAUAGCCGUAGCGGGUCCAUCACCAGCCAGGUCACCAGUCCUCCGGCCAGCCCCAACACUGGCUUCGCUGGCGCCUUUGCCCGCCGCGAGUCGGAGUCGUCGACAUCCACCGGCCAACGCAGCGCCACUGUGGCCGCCCCGCGCGAGUCACCAACUGUCUCGAAGGGUGUCAAGCAUCAAGCGUCCAACGGCUCGAUUACCCCAUCGUUUACCACUACGGGUCCUGCCGACACUGUCGCUUCGGCAAACAACCUCCUGAUACAGCACCAGCUCGCCCACGCUCCUUCCCCUAUCAGCUUCUUACCUCGCCCUGAUAUGAGCGAUCCGCGCAUCCACAACUCGAAGCUGUCGCCCUUCCCUGGUAUUACCACUUUGGAACAAAAGCAGAGGAGCCGCAGUGGAUCCGACUCCCGCGAGCAACCUCGGCUUGUGCAGCAGUUGUCAGACCCCACUGUCCCCACCAACCGUGCUGCGCCCGUUUCGGCCUCGUCGGAUCGCGAAUCGGCCGACGCUGCCAACGGUUCCACCAGGCGCCACUGGUUUGGCAAGGGCUCCAUCUCUCGUGGCAGUGGUAGCGGGUCGGGCGGUCGCAGUCAGCAGAGCUCUCAGCAUAGCCAAAGCACCAGCGAGGACUAUCGCAAUGGCAGUAUGAGGCGAUUGGCCACCGAGUCCCCCGUCGACGAAAUGGACCCACUGUCCACCGCAAGGGGCAGGUUGUCCCCCGAGACGGCAAAGAACUCCAAGAACCGUCCCGAGAUUCCGCAAUACAUGUUCAACCGCCGACGUGCGCCGCCUCCGCCCAUCGAGCUGGGGUCGUCGAAUGUGGAGUCGAUCAACGGCGAUGCCGCCCCCAAGCAGCUUGGCAACUCUGUCGCUGGUCUUGGAGACAGGUCGACCGAAGUCCUCAACCGCAUGGACGCUGUCCUCGGCCUAUCGGCUCAAGACCCUUCACGCCACGAUUUCCUCGAUGACCCCCCGCGCAAGCUUCUCCUCUCUCAGCAGGUGCUGCAGGUUGUCAACGUCAACACCGUCAAGGACAGGUACCUUUUCCUGUUCAAUGACAUUCUGGUCAUUGCCAAGCCCGUGAUCACAGUCGGCACACAAGCAACGCUGGACAUGAAGUUUAUCGUCAAGUCGGUUGUCGGUCUUGACAAGCUGGUCGUCUCGGGUCUCUCAGAUGAGCCUACUGCCGAGCCUCCACGCCAUCCGGCCGUCACCCAGUUUAUUCAGGACUUUGGCGAGGACGCCCCCACUGCGGUCCAGCAGCUCAUCGAACGCAGUGCGCUCAAGAUUGACUCUGUCACCUUGUCCAGUCUCCUCUUCAAAACAGUUGAGCUGGACAAGUCCCAGAUCGGUCAACUCUUGGCACAUGACUCGCAGUUGCUCGAGGCUUUUGUGGACCGCUUCCAAUUCAGCCAAGUGCGUAUCGACGACGCUCUCCGCAUGUUCCUCCUCGCCAUCCGCUUGCCGACAAACCUGGCAGAUGCCGAACCGAUUCUGCGCGGUUUCGCUCACAUAUAUUGCGAUGCCAACAAGGGCAACGUCGAGUUUGACGGCAACCUGGCGGGCGAGCUGGUAAUCUCUAUGCUUGAGCUCAACGACAUGCUUUACUCGACUUUUGGCUUUGCGUUCCCCAACCAUGCUAUCUCGCGCGACGCGUACGUCAACGGGUUCUAUGCCAAGGACCCCGACGGGCUCGUUCCCGACGACCUCCUGGACGAGAUUUACGUGUCCAUUCGCUACGCCAAGCUCGUGCAGGGUCUCGCUCCCAGCGAGGCUCAUCUUGCUCGUGAUAUCACCGUCACCCCUUCGCGCCUCCCAAGCAGGAUCACGUACAACGAGUGGUCGGAGCGAAUUGUUGUCGCCAUCCCUCGUCCAGACCCUGCGUUCAAGGUUGAGUUCGUGGGCGAGGGCCUACAGUUUGACCCGCCCUUCCUCGACUUUACGGACAGCCACGAGGUAUCGUUCCGCACUCGUGGCGUGUCUCUGGGUCCCAAGACGAUGCUCUUUCACCGCACUGGAAAUAAUGCUGCACUCUAUGCUGGCAUUGGCAACGGUCGCUCGUUCAACGUCGAGCGUGCUUUCAUGCGGCACACGUUCUACGUGCAGUUUGUCUCGCACUUGGGCAACCGCCGCAAAUACUGCUUCUCCGUCCCCGACGCAGCGGCCCGCCAACGCUGGGGACAAAUGCUCACUCGUCAAGUGUGGCUCACAACCGAGAAGAAGCAAGGCGCUGGAGCGCCCACGACGCACGCGCAGCGGGUCCGCCGCGCCGCCGAGGCCGUUAGCUUGCAGGUACUGCGCGACGCACUUAUUCCUCCCGACGAGAACCCCGAAACAGCAGGUGGUGGUGCCCGCAAGCUGAGCCACACGGCCGCCCAGCGGGAUCCUCAUCGCGCAGCACGUGUUGCCAGUGUCUCGCUUGCAUAUGCCGCGAAGGCUGGUGGCGAUGAAGCCGCCCUCGGCCCCCUCAUCGCCACCAAGGGCAACAACCCGGACGCGACAGGCAUGGUGGAUCUGCAGACAGGCAAGGAGCUCGUACUCCUCUGUCGUCAGAACAGUCUGCUCCCUGGUGUCCUCGAGCUGCUCCAGAGCGGCACGGGUGCCCAGGCGACUGCUACUGCUCCAACAUCUGCGCCGGGGUCAGCAACGGCGCCCGCAUCGGCCAUCCCCCACGCAUCGCACCUCCAGCCAAGCGGAGUCCAGCCCCAGCGCUCGGCAGGCCUCAAGGCCAUGAUGCAAGACAGACGGUUGUGA